AUGGCACCUCACAAGUAUCAGCCGUUCAAGUUCAUCUGGGACAAGUACAACUGGCACGCGUUCUUCCUCCGAAAAGAACGCUGGUACGACAAAAUCUACACCGUCGGCGUCGUCACACUCGUCGGCGUAACGAUUUACCAAGGAGUUUCGACAUUCCAGAACUGGAACACAACGCUGCAACGACUCUAUUUACACUACGUCAAGAAAGAAAAAGCCCGCAAGGACCUCGCAGAGCUCAUUCGCAUGGCCCGCGAAAAUGGUGUUUUGCCGCCGGGAGACGAAUCUUUUGAGUGA